AUGGCAAAACGCACUUUAUUGAACAUUCUGGUUGCACGACAAGACCUUCUUGAUUCCGAAAAUGACUCUAACAUUGGGUCUUCAAGGGGAGAUGCGUCGUCCUCAAGCUCGGAUGCAAUAAACGCUGUAACGGGUGGAGGUGAUUCGACUUCUCUUUCAGCUCUCUUGACGACACUGGUACCUGCGUUGGUGCUUGCGUUUAUCUGGUUCUCUCUUUUCCUAAUUUUUCGCCGAACACAAAUAAGAUGGUAUGCUCCGAGGAGCCAUCUACCUUGCUGGCAUCAACAUGAGAGGAGCCCACAGCUGCCUACCGGAUGGGUGAAUUGGUUCGGCCAGUUUUUCAAAAUAUCCGACGCCCAUGUACUCAAUCAUCACUCUAUGGAUGGUUACCUCUUCCUCCGCUUCUUAAGGGUUCUUUGCUCAAUUUUCUUUAUCGGUUGUCUGAUUACAUGGCCGGUACUACUUCCGAUUCAUGCAACCGGUGGUGCAGGGAACACUCAACUUGACGCCUUGAAUUUCAGCAACGUGAAGAAUAAAAACCGGUAUUAUGCCCACGCUGUUAUUGCAUGCGUUCUAUUCACUUUUGUGUUCUAUACAGUGACAAGAGAGAGCAUGUUCUAUGCAAAUCUACGGCAGGCAUAUCUCAACUCACCGGCAUACGCCGACCGGAUCUCGUCAAGAACAGUUCUAUUCAUGUCAGUCCCAGAAGACUAUAAAAACGAAAAAAAGUUACAACAAGUGUUCGGGGAGACUAUUCGCAAAAUAUGGAUAACCUCCGAUUGCAAAGAGCUAGAUAAGAAAGUUCAACAGAGAGACAAAUAUGCCCAUCGCCUCGAGAGGUUGGAAACAAAAUUGAUUCGCAGGGCAAACUCAAUGCGUCUGAAGCUAAUCAAAGCCGGUACCAUCUCGUGUACCGACUGUGCUGAGUGCGAAACAUGUGGUCCAGCCAUGUACGACAAAAUCAAACGGCCGACUCACCGUCUCAGACUGUUUGGGGACAAGGUCGACUCAAUUCACUGGCUCCGUGAGGAGCUGGUGAAUUUGACCAAAGAAAUUGAAGUCAUGCAAAAAAGACACCAGCAUUGGGACUCGAAGCUUCUAUCUGCUAUUUUCAUUGAGUUUAAUUCCCAAUCAGAUGCCCAAAUUGCACUUCAGACACUUUCUCACCACCAGCCGCUCCAUAUGACGCCCCGGUUCACUGGCAUAUCUCCGGACGACGUUGUCUGGUCGGCAUUAAACCUGAGUUGGUGGCAACGCAUUGUGAGAAGAUUUGCCGUUCAAGGCGCAAUAGCGGCAAUGAUAAUAUUCUGGUCCCUCCCAGCCGCGAUUGUCGGGGCCAUCUCCAAUAUCAGCUAUCUCACCAGCGCCAUCCCACCCCUACAAUUUAUCGAUAAACUGCCUGAUGUGAUCAAGGGUGUGAUUGCUGGUUUACUGCCGGCUGGUGCCCUGGUCCUGCUGAUGUCCCUUGUACCUAUUAUUUGCCGCUUUUGUGCCCGGCGUGCUGGUGUUCCCUCAGCAGCUCGCGUUGAGCUCUUCACUCAAACUGCACAUUUCUGUUUCCAAGUUGUCCAGGUAUUCCUCGUCACGACUUUGACUUCCGCUGCGUCCGCUGCCACUGCACAAAUCGUUAAGGACCCACUAUCAGCCAAGGAUCUCCUGGCUGAGAACCUCCCGAAAGCGACAAACUUUUAUGUUUCAUACUUCCUCCUCCAGGGCCUAAGCACCAGCUCCCUUGCUGUAGUACAGAUCAUGAGCGUGCUUGUUUUCAAGUUCAUAACCACGUUCUUCGACGGCUCACCUCGGCGUCUGUACGAGCGUUGGGCCGCUCUCAGCGAAAUAAGUUGGGGCAACGUUUUUCCUAUAUUUACUAAUAUGGGCGUGAUAGCGUUAACCUACUCCUGCAUCGCCCCGCUUAUCUUAGGCUUCUGCUUCGCCGGCCUAUAUCUCGUGUAUCAAGCCUACCGGUACAACUUCCUCUUCGUUUACGAUAUUCGCAUCGACACAAAGGGCCUCGUUUAUCCACGCGCUCUACAACACCUUUUAACAGGCAUCUACCUUGCCAACAUUUGCAUGAUCGGUCUCUUCGCAAUUAAAUCUGCCGUCGGACCCCUCAUAAUAAUGGUCCUAUUCACAAUCCUCAUAACCCUCGCCCACAUAUCCCUCAACGAAGCCCUCGCCCCACUAACCUCCUUCCUCCCGCGCACACUCGACGUCGAAGAGGAAUUGCAACAUGCCAAAGAGGAGGAACUCGCACUUCUCCAUACUUCACCCCGAACCACAUGGUCCAGAGCGCUGAAAUGGUUCCACCCGAACCUGUAUCGAGACUUUGCCGCGCUGCGCCGGAAAGUCCGCCGUGACCACGUUGAGAUCAAGUACUCAGAAGAGGAAGAGAGGAAUGCGUACUUUGAGCCUUCUAUUACGAGCAAGACGCCUACGAUUUGGAUUCCCAGGGACAAAUGGGGCGUUUCGACGUGGGAGAUUGAGGAGUCGGAUCCCCUGAUUCCGAUUACGGACGAGGGGGCACAUUUGGAUGAGAAGGGGAAUAUUGUUUGGGAUAAAUUUGACCCGAAUUUGCCGCUUUGGGAAUUGAAGACGUUGUAUUAG